ACAGGCUCGAGCAUUAGUAGCACCGUCAGCUCCAAAGGCUCGAGCAUUAGUAGCGCCGUCAGCUCCACAGGCCCGAGCAUUAGUAGCGCUGUCAGCUCCACAGGCGCUAGCAUUUGUAGCGAUGUAAGUUCCACAGGCUCGACCAUUAGUAGCGCCGUCAGCUCCACAGGCUCGACCAUUAGUAGUGCCGUCAGCUACACGGGCUCGAGCAGUAGUAGCGCUGUCAGCUCCACAGGCGCGAGCAUUUGUAGCGAUUUCAGCACCACAGGAUCGAACAUUUGUAGCGAUAUAAGCUACUCAGGCUCGAGCAUUAGUAGCGCCGUCACCUUCACAGGCCCGAGCAUUAGUAGCGCCGUCAGCUCCACAGGCUCGAGCAUUAGUAGCGCCGUCAGCUCCACAGGCUCGAGCAUUAGUAGCGCCGUCAGCUCCACAGGCUCGAGCAUUAGUAGCGCCGUCAGCUCCACACGCUCGAGCAGUAGUAGCGCCGUCAGCUCACAGGCUCGAGCAUUAGUAGCGCUGUCAGCUCCACAGGCUCCAGCACUAGUAGCGCCGUCAGCUCCACAGGCCCGAGCAUUAGUAGCGCCGUCAGCUCAACGGGCUCGAGAUUUAGUAGCGCUCGCCGUCAGCUCCACAGGCUCGAGCAUUAUCAGCGCCGUCAGCUCCACAGGCUCGAGCAUUAGUAGCGCCGUCAGCUCCACAGGCGCAAGCAUUUGUAGCGAUGUAAGUUCCACAGGCUCGACCAUUAGUAGCGCCGUCAGCUCCACGGGCUCGAUCAUUAGUAGCGCCGUCAGCUCCACAGGCUCGAGCAUUAGUAGCGACGUUAGCUCCACAGGCUCGACCAUUAGUAGCGCUGUCAGCUCCACAGGCUCGAGCAUUAGUAGCGCCGUCACCUUCACAGGCCCUAGCAUUAGUAGCACCGUCAGCUCCACAGGCUCGAGCAUUAGUAGCGCCGUCAGCUCCACGGGCCCGAGCAUUAGUAGCGCCGUCGGCUCCACAGGCUCGAGCAUUAUCAGCGCCGUCAGCUCCACAGGCUUCAGCAUUAGUAGCGCCGUCAGCUCCACAGGCGCAAGCAUUUGUAGCGAUGUAAGUUCCACAGGCUCGACCAUUAGUAGCGCCGUCAGCUCCACGGGCUCGAGCAUUAGUAGCGCCGUCAUUUCCACAGGCUCGAGCAUUAGUAGCGCCGUAAGCUACUCAGGCUCGAGCAUUAGUAACGCCGUCAGCUCCACGGGCUCGAGCAUUAGUAGCACUGUCAGCUCCACAGCUGCAGUGGAACCACAGUCGUCCGGACACGAGGCGUGCUUGUGA